CACCCACAUCAGAGCACUGGCAGCUCUGGGGACUCGAGCGGGAGCCCGGGUGGGGGCGGGCUCGUUUGUCCCCGCAGAAAGGGCUGCUCACGGCCUGGCUGCCCCGACAGCGAUCCCUGAAGCCCUCCUCUCACCCCUGCAUUGCAAGCGCUGACAGGAACGCGGCCUCCGAGGGCCGUGGGGCGGGACCCCGCACCCCGGCUCCGGGCCCAGCUCAUUUGCUGAGUCCCUUUUUGUUGUCACCAGGUUAGGGGAGGUGGGAGAGAAGCAGAAACAUACAAGAUUCGGGAGCCCCGGGGAAACCCCGCGGGAAGCGGCCGCCGAGAUCGGGGCUUCGGAAAGCGGUGAGGCGUGCCCGGGGCUUCCCUGCACCCGGGGCCCAAGGACUGGGGGGCGACCCCUCGGGGCAAGCCGGCGCGGGGCGGGCGUGGGGCACCCGGGAGGGGCCGGGGGACCUGACUCGGCCCCGCCCCCGCUCCGGCGCGCUUCUGGGCGCCGAGCUCCGGCUCCGCGGGGACGCGAGGGGACCGGCUCCAGCGGCUACGAGUCACAUGACCGCCCGCCCCGUCACGUGACGCAGCGCGGAGCGAGCCGGGGGCGGGGCCCGCGAGGCAGCACGUGAUGCGAGCCGCGCGCGCUGAUUGGCCGCGGCAGAGCGGCGUGCGCCUGACGCACCUGAAGGCCCGGAUGAGGAAGUAGAGCGCGGCCAGGCCGCUGAGGCCCAAGAGCACGUACACGGAGCGCAGCAGCGGCGAGCCCGGCGAGCUCAGCGGCCGCGGGUGCGUGCCGUUGGCCGGCGGGCCCGGCUGGCUGCCGUUCGUCACAGCGGGCGGCGGCGGGGACUGGGACGCGGCCUCCCGGGCUCCGUUGAGCAGCGCCCACAGCAGCAGCGCCGGCAGCAGCAGCGGGAGCGGCGCCGACGGCACGCGCGGCCCCAUGGCCCGGCGGAAGCGGUGGCGGCGCCCCGCCCCUGCAAGCUGUCACUCAGGCGCGCGGGGCGGGGCCAGCCAAUGGGCGGCGGGGGGCGGGGCCCGUCUCCACGCCCCCUGGCCGCCUCGCAGCCUUGCUUCCGAGGGGCCUGCGCCCCGACCCUCCCGUGGCGACCCUGUCACACCCCCACACCAGCACUUCGCGGCCCGGGGGCUACCCCUCCGUUGCUGGCUCAGGGCCCUGGGCAUGAGCCUUCCUCUCUGAGCCUCAGUUUCCCCUUAGCCCAUCCCAGGGUUGGGGGGUGUCUUGAUAGCGCACAUGUGAAGCCCCAACGCAGGAAACGCCGUUUUCCUGCUGUCAUCUCACCCACUGUCCUUUAAAGCACCAGGGCCCUCCUGAACUGGGGUCCCUCCUGGCCAGCUGAGGAAUCUGAGCUGCCGUUGGCACGAUGUGGCGGAGCAGACAGCGCAGCGUGGGAGGCCGAGGGGGCUGCCACCCCAUCCUAGCUCACAGGCACCCACCCCUGCUCAGGCUUGCAGGGAGUGGAAUUCGGUGGGCACUACGGGCUGGAUGGAGCGGCCAGGGCCACGUGAUCCCCGGGCCAAGUCCGCCAGGCAGCACCACCCAAACCAGGUGGGCAGAGCUGGGGUGGCCGCGGAUCUGGGGUGGGGCUCCUGCAGAGCUGCGCCGAUUCCCAGCUGUGUGGGCGCAGGCGAGUGCCUUGGCUGCCCUGGGGACUCGGGUUGUGGCAUCUGUGCACCGGAGGGCAGUGCAUACUGAGAUGAGUGCCCACUGGCCUGCCCCGUGCCGGGAAUUGACACCGGCUCUGCUCCUCGGGGUCAGGAGUGACAGGCAGGUCCCCUCUUCUCGGGGUCUUGGGGCCCAUCUGAGCUCCAGCUGUCGGUAGCCAGGCAGCGGGCAGCCCUCGCCCCCACCUUAUCUCUGCUCCCUGCCCCAGACCCAGGCUGGUUCACUGGUCCUCUCCACCUCCCCGUGGGGUUCCAGGCCUAACGUUCCAACACCUCAGGCCGGCAAGUUCCUUGCCCUGCCCCGGGGUCCAAGCUGGCAGGACUGCAAGGCUUGGGCCAGCAGCUCCCUCUCUGUACUGCCGGCCUUGGCUCCUGGAAAUGGGGAGUGGGGGCGGUGAGUCCUGGAGGCACAGCCCUUCCCACCGUCUACCCCACAGCCGACACCUGGUGUCGGGAAGGGAGGCUGCUGCUGCCUCCUGCCCUCUCCUGGACCCCGACUCUCACCAGCCCCCAGGGCCAGGAGGGCAGGCCAGGGCCCAUGUCCAAGUGGCAGGCUCAGCGCCAACGCGCUCUGCUACUCCCGGACUGCACAGUGGGAGGACAGGUCCCGUGUGCCAGCUCAGACCCAGCUCACAGCCCAGAUCAAAGUGCCCUGGGGCUCCCACCUGUCACAGGAGGAACCCGGGGGGGGGGGUCAACAGUCAGGGGUCAGCCAGUGCCUCUGCAGCCCCCUCAGGACUCCUGGAACCAGAGACUUGCCCGAGCAGGGACAGAGGCCCAAGCUCGGAAGUGACCGCCUGCACUCGUACCCUCUCAGCACAGGGCCAGGCGAGGCCUUGCUGGGUUUCCAUCUUUCGGCAGGGACGUGCCCCUGCUCUCUCACCCUGGACCCUCGCACCGGGCAGGUCCCAGGUUCAGGAGCCUCAAGGGCACAACCAGAAGCAGACGCGGACAGCUCUGGGUGACACACAGCCCUUUAUUCAGACUUUCCAUGCCCGUCCAGAGGGACGACUGUCCACCUUACAAGACGCCGGCCUCCCGCGGCUGUCUUGGAACUAUCCUUGCCAACAAAGCACCUAUGAGAAAAAUGAGGGGAGGGGAAUGAGGACACCUGUGGUGGUGGGGGGCACCGGGAACCACCCUGCCCCCCCCCCCCAGAGGACACCUCUCGGCAACACCAGCCACCCCAAAUGGCCCCCGACAGGCCAGAAUCCAAGGGCUGGAGCACACGCGCCCGAAAAAGCACUUACAAGUGACCAGUGGCGGGUGGGUGCAGUCUCCAGAUCUUACUCUCCCGUCGAACGGCUGCAGGUGAAGUCCCCCCCGGGACGGUCAUCGGUGCGGCCAAGCUGCCUCUCCCUGGGCUGCAGUUCAUCCCCUUCACCCUGCCAAAGCAAAGGUGCGUGACACCCGAGGUCCCCGCCAGCAGGCUCGCGGCCGCCCCUCCCCACCUCCCCAGAACCAUCCACAGAUCCUGGGAGGGCCUCGGCUGGCCAGCGGACACACAGGCCCGGGCCCCGUUCCACCCGUAAGCAGAGCCCACUUCCCGCGGGGUUGGAGCUGCCCGGCACCGGUGUGGGCUCUGGGGAAAACCGAUGGCAGCAGCGAGACAUCGGACAACGCUAUGGUUAGGAGUGGCUUAAGGAGGUCUGGAAAAGGCUGUCGAUGGAUGAACAAAAAGUCCGAAAGGCAGGGCGUGCGGUGGCCCCUUCCUGCCUCCUAGCAAGGCGUGACGGGGCCCCAGGCCGCAGCAGGGGAGGGUGGGCGGCUGGGGCCUGGCUUUUAGUUCUAGCUCGAGUUAAGACAAAAAAAAAAGAAAAAACAAAAAACCAGUCAAAGGAACAUUCCCCGGGUGUGUGACUUUACUUUCCAACGAGGUCUCGAUAAGAGGAGGGAGGCGGGCAGGAGCAGAAGGCGUUACCUCGGAGCACAGGGCUAUUUCCACAUAGGAGCUAACCCAGGGAGCAGCUCUCGUCUCUGAGGUCUGAUGGGUGCAGAACACAGCUGCUCUCCAAGGGGCCGCGGCUUCCAAAGGCUAGCAGAGAACGCUCAGAACUCGUGACGCAACGGCACGCUAGCUACUCGGUCCCGUCCCGUCCGUCCGCGGUCGCCCCGGGCAGGGAGCUGCCCUCUCCGGCCUGCCCCUGAGACUGCUCGUCGGGGUGAGCCUCACGUUCUGCACGUCCGUCACCCUCCGGGCCUGCCUGGCGUCGGCACUGCCCGCCCCGUCGCCCACCUCACUCGCCCCGCUGAUGACGGGCGCAGCCCGCCGCUCCUCACACUGCCCUGUCUGCUCAGGUCUGGCCGCCACGAGCCCGCGGCAGGCAGUGUGUUGUGCAAUGAAAGGGAAAUUGUCAAGAGCAUGGUUCGUUUCAGACGGUCUUUUAAUCGGCUUCGUGAAGCCAAAGAAAAACUGCGUACAAGAAUUCCUUAUCCACUUCAAAUACAACAGCAAUGGAAUAUGCAUACGUCUUCCAGUAAAAAAGGACAAUAUAAAUAAACAUUUUCAAGAACCUCUCGGGAACGCCUGCGAGUUACCAGGGUUGGGUACAGCAAAGAGUGGAGGUACCUCGUGCAGACGGACGGACAGGCAGGGGCUGCCCUCCUACCAGCUACACUCAGAAGUUUACAGAGCGGGGAAGAGGCCACAGCUCGCCCAGCUUCUGAGAAAGGUGGGUUCAGGGUCCUGUCCGUCUCAGAGUCUCCGAGCAGGGGAUCGGGGCCAACCCCACCAGAAAGAGAAACAAAAAACCAACCUCCCCCCAAAAAAAGGGGAAAAAAUCCACGCAAACCCCAACGAUUUAAAAAAACACGUGGCUCGUGAUAAAAAGAAAUAAAAUCUGAAGUGCUUUUCAAGACGUUUUUAAAACCUUUAAAAACGGACAGCGCUUCCUCAAAAAAAAUAAAAUGAAACCAAAAAAAGUCUCCUAACGGGGCCCUCAGGGUCAGAAGCUGUCAGGCUGGGCUGGACAAGAUCAGAACUGACGUAACUACAAAAGUGAAAAUACAAGGAGGUGUGUUCACUACACAUUAACGAUUCAGCGAAGCUCCCAAAAUCUUUAAAUAUACAGCCAUUGGAAGGACGAUCUUGAGCAGGAAGGAUUUUUACUCGUUGUGUGUAGCUGAGGACAAGAAGCAAGUACAGUGUAAAGGCACCGAGGUCAGCGACAAGAGGCAGUAUUUCCGUCCCCGGGGCCGGGCCUGCAGGGGGGCCUGGGCCUCCGAGCACCAACCCCCCGGCGGAGGGGCCGCUCCGGCCCCCACAUGCACGCAGGCGGCUCCCUCUCUCCCUGUCCUUCUGGACUCGUGCUCGGCUCUGGUUUUGAUUUUGUUUUGAGAUAGCAAUGGCUCCUGGCACCGAGAGGACGGCCUGGUUCCUCAGGGGCAGGCACGGUGCUGCGGUCUGACUGAGCCUAGGUCACUCGCGGGGGCGCCGAGGGGCACCGGGCUCCCACCGCGGGCCACGCAGCGUGGCGCCCUCGGAGCCGGCCUUACCGUAACUGUCGUAGCUGUCUCUGUAGGACCCGCCGGAGCUCCGGUCUCCGUAGCCGCCACCCUGACUCCUGCUGUGGGAAGGACUCAUGUGAGGGUGCUGGAGAGGAAACGGACGGGGAUCCUGGGAACGGGCAGCCGUGCCCUCACCUGCUGUAGUAGUCUCUGGAGCCUCCGUAGCCCCCACUCCUGGACUCGAACCGGCUGCCCCCGUAGCCCCGGUCCCCGCCUCCUGCACAGAUAUGGAUGUGAGCGCAGCUCCUGCCGGGACCCCUGCCACAAGCCUCUGCCCCGCGCCCGGCACUCACCUCUGGAGAACCCACGGCCCCGUCCUCGGCCCCCGCGGAAGAAGCCCCGGCCCCCAGCAGAGCCGCCCCGGUACCCGCGGGACCGGCUGUCCGACGACUUCCCGGCUUGGUCAACUCGGAUCUGCCGGCCAUCGACCGACUGCAGAAGAGACGGGCUGGUCAGUUUCCGCUGGACCACCCUCAGGGGACCGGCUGGCGCUCUGCCACCCCCGCCGCCCACCCCUCACCUUCCCGUU